GCUUUAUUAUUGGGGAAAGAUGGCGAACAGUGUUUCUCCUGAACAGAAUCAAAACCACUGCUCAGCCAUCAACAACAGCAUCCCGCUGGUGCCGGGCAACCUUCCCACCCUGACCUUAUCUGGAAAGAUCCGAGUGACGGUGACUUUCUUCCUUUUUCUGCUCUCUACCAUCUUUAACGCUUCUUUCUUGUUGAAACUGCAGAAGUGGACUCGUAAGGAGAAAGGGAAAAAGCUUUCUAGAAUGAAGGUGCUCUUAAAGCAUCUGACUUUAGCCAACCUGUUGGAGACUCUGAUCGUCAUGCCCCUGGAUGGGAUGUGGAAUAUUACAGUCCAGUGGUACGCUGGGGAAUUCCUCUGCAAAGUCCUCAGCUACUUGAAGCUCUUCUCCAUGUAUGCCCCAGCAUUCCUGAUGGUGGUGAUCAGCCUGGAUCGCUCGCUGGCCAUCACUAGACCACUGGCUGUGCAAAGCAACCGCAAGCUAGAACAGUCCAUGACUGGUUUGGCCUGGAUCCUCAGUUGUGUCUUUGCUGGACCACAGCUAUAUCUCUUCAGGAUGAUCCACCUGGUGGAUAUUUCUGGGCAGACAGAGGUUUUCUCUCAAUGUGCAACACACUGCAGCUUUCCACAAUGGUGGCAUCAAGCCUUUUAUAACUUCUUCACCUUCAGCUGCCUCUUUCUCAUCCCUCUUCUCAUCAUGUUGAUAUGCAAUGCAAAAAUCAUCUUUACCCUGACACAAGUUCUCCAUCAGGAGCCCCGCAGUAUGUAUCCUUUUACAUUGAUGCUAAUUGUGGUUGCAAGCAACUUUAAACAGCAAACCUGA